AUGGGGAUCAAAGGUCCAGAAGAUCCAAAUGUCUUCAAAGUCAAGAUCGGGUAUGACAGAAUUGCAUCACAACACUAUGGCUUCAGGUACCACAUCUGUGUGACUGUGUUGAUCUACUUCCUCCCUCUGUUGGUGAUUGGUUAUGCAUACACGAUGGUGGGCAUCACCCUCUGGGCAAGUGAGAUUCCUGGGGACUCUUCUGACCGCUAUCAUGAGCAAGUGUCUGCCAAGCGCAAGGUGGUCAAGAUGAUGAUUGUGGUGGUCUGUACAUUUGCCAUCUGCUGGCUACCCUUCCACAUCUUCUUUUUGCUGCCCUACAUCAACCCGGACCUUUAUAUGGAGAAGUUCAUCCAACAAGUCUACCUGGCUAUCAUGUGGUUGGCCAUGAGCUCUACAAUGUACAACCCCAUCAUUUACUGCUGCCUCAAUGACAGGUUUCGCAUUGGCUUUAAACAUGCCUUCCGGUGCUGUCCAUUCAUCAAUGCUACAGAAUAUGAGGGUCUUGAAAUGAAGUCCACCCGCUAUCUGCAAACUCAAGGCAGCAUGUAUAAAGUCAACAGAAUUGAGACCACUGUCUCUUCAGUUGUUGGGGUCAAUGAGGAUGAGUUAGAAGAUGGCUCCAAAGCCAAACGCUUAUCCCUUGACCUCACUUCCAAUGGUUCUUCAAGAAGUGAUUCCAAAACCAUGUCUGAAAGCUUCAGCUGCUACUCCAACACUAUCUCCUAA